AUGUCCUACGCGUAUCUCUUCAAAUACAUUAUCAUUGGUGAUACUGGUGUUGGUAAAUCUUGCCUAUUGUUGCAAUUCACCGACAAAAGAUUCCAACCUGUUCAUGAUCUCACUAUUGGUUAGUUGUUUGAGAAAUAUUUUGAAAUUAUUCAUAUCUUAAAUUAUUAUUUAUUUAAGGUGUCGAAUUUGGUGCUCGUAUGGUAACAAUUGAUGAUAAACAAAUCAAGCUUCAAAUUUGGGACACAGCCGGACAAGAGUCAUUCCGUUCAAUUACUCGCUCAUAUUAUCGUGGAGCUGCUGGAGCAUUGCUUGUUUAUGAUAUCACACGGUAAACUAAAUAUUUCACACUGAUUUGUUAUUCAAAUUAAAUAAUUAUAUUUUUGCAGACGAGAUACAUUCAAUCAUCUUACAUCAUGGCUCGAAGAUGCUAGACAACACAGUAAUUCGAAUAUGGUUAUUAUGUUGAUUGGAAAUAAAAGGUAUUUUACUUGUAGUUUUCAAAAAUGCAAUUUUCUUUUUUUUCAGCGAUUUGGAAGCUCGUCGCGAAGUGAAAAGAGAAGAAGGAGAAGCAUUUGCAAGAGAACAUGGACUUGUAUUCAUGGAAACUAGUGCAAAAACAGCAAAUGGAGUUGAAGCCGUUAGUUUUUUAUAAAUCCAUUAUUUCUUUUUUGAAGAAAACAAAACAAAAUUAAAUAACAAAAAAUUUAGGCAUUCAUCGAUACUGCCAAAGAAAUUUACCGCAAGAUUCAAGAAGGUGUUUUCGAUAUCAAUAAUGAGGUACAAUCCAUUUCAUUUUUUCCCAAAAAAACAUUGAAUUAUUUUCAGGCGAACGGAAUAAAACUUGGACCACAACAUUCGCCAAGUUCACCAAAUUCACCAGGAGGAAAUGCAACUGGAGGAUUAGGUGGCGGAUCUGGAUGUUGUUGA